AUGGCUGACGCGACCGAAGCCACCAACGCGAAUGCAGCUCGCGACUCGGUCGACGGCAAAGCCAGCCUCGAAACCAAUCGCAAGGACGUUCCUCCUGCGUCCGAGGUAGCGGAACAUGCACCGAAAGAGCAAGCUGCCGACCCCGUUCCGCAGGUCGUCGACGACAAUAAAGACACGGCGGCCAAAUCUGCUGCGAACCCAGAGCCAACUCUUAUUAACGACCCUAUUGACGCAGCGGCCCGUGAAAGCGGCGGUUCAGAAGCAGCCACAGAUGCCGGUAUCGAAGCUAACACCAAUGUCAAUGCCCUUGAGGAUGCUGAUACCAACGCUGAGCCCGAGGCCGAUGUCAAAAUGAAUGUCGGUGCCAACGUCGAUGCCAACAAGACUGUCGAUGCCGAUGUUGAUGCUCAGGCAGAAGACGUGGAUGCUGAUGCUGAUGCGGAUGCCGACGCCGAUGCAGAUGCUGAUGCCGACGCCGAUGCAGACGCUGAUGCCGACGCCGAUGCUGAUGCCGAUGCGGACGUGGAUGCUGAUGCUGAUGUCGAUGUCGAUGUCGAUGUCGAUGUCGAUGCUGAUGGUGACGUGGAUAUGGAUGCCGAUGGUGACGUGGAUAUGGAUACUGGAGCCGAUGAGGAUGGCAACGAAGAAGGCGGUCGACGUGGGCGACGCGGUUUGUCCUCGGACAUGUUCACAAUUAUCGAGAAUACUGCCAACUACCUGUCCAGCAUCAAGGAUGAUGAAGGGUACCACAUCGCCCAAGCUUUCCAGCGCGUUCCCAACCGACGAUUGAUCCCAGACUAUUACGAAGUCAUUGACGAGGCUGUCGCUUUUAGCACAAUUCGGACGAAGAAGCUCAAGAAGCAGUACACUGCCUUUUCCGAGUUCGUUCGAGAUGUCGCCAAGAUCUGCCACAAUGCCCAAGUAUAUAAUCGCCCUUCGUCCCACUUCUUCCAAGACGCCGGUCGAUUGAGGGAGAUAUUCAAAGAGGAGCUGCAGAAACUCGUAGAUGAAGAGAUUAUCACCUCAGAAGAGGCUGUCUUACCCGAUCUGGGACCAUUGCCUGAGGCUGAGGACUCGCCGCCCCCAGAAGAGGAAGACGAGGGCGAAGAUGAGGAUGAUGAAGAUGAUGACGAUGACGACUCUGACGACGACUCUGAUGGUGACGAUGAUGACGGACAGCGUGGCCGAGGACGCAGAACCCAUCGAUCUUCUGACAGGGACUAUCAUCAACAAAACCGAUCCCGGCGCCCAGCCAAAGUCUUCACUCCUCUCGAGGCCAGGAUUCAGUCCUUUCUCAAAGGCCUACGCCAAUUUAAGCACGAGGAUGGGGAACUUUUGGUUCUUCACUUCGAAAGACUGCCUGACAAGCAGACGGCUCCAGACUACUAUGCUACGAUCAAAAAUCCCAUCGCACUAGACCUUAUCAAGAGGAAGGCAGGCCAGAAGAAGUAUCAAACUAUGGAUCAACUCCUACAAGAUGUCGACCUGAUGUGCCAAAAUGCCAUGGAGUACAACGAAGAGGGUAGUGCAGUUUCCAUGGCUGCAGCAGAUCUGAUGAAGCAGGCGCAUGGCCUGGCGGAACAAGAAAACGCAAAACCCGAUGAUCAGUUUGAGGAUGAAGAAGGCCGCAGACCGGUGGCCGAAAUCCAACACAAGGGCGAGGUCUGGAAGAUUGGCGACUGGGUGCACAUCACCAACCCGAAUGACCUGACGAAACCCAUCGUGGCUCAGAUAUACCGUACUUAUAUUGACAAGUCUGGGAAGCCCUGCAUUCAUACCUGCUGGUACUACCGCCCAGAGCAGACUGUACAUCGAUUCGAGAAGCACUUCUACAAGAACGAGGUUGUCAAAACAGGCCAGUAUCGGGAUCAUGGCAUCGACGAGGUAGUGGAUAGAUGCUUUGUCAUGUUCAUAACCCGCUUCAACAAGGGCAGACCUCGCGGCCUGCCCAAAGACAAGGAAGUCUACGUCUGCGAGUCGCGGUACAAUGAGGAGAAGCAUAAGCUUAAUAAGAUCAAGACGUGGACGAGCUGUUUACCGGAAGAAGUCAGGGACAAGGACUACGAGAUGGAUCUGUACGAUGCACCUCAACCACUUAAGAAGCUACCCAGCCCGAUCAAGCACCUGCUGCGAGAUGAUGCGAAACCCAGCGACCCUUUGCCUAAGCCGUCUUGGGGCGCAGCGAAUGCACCUCCUCUUGUAGGCGCGGUACAUUGUCGCCAACGUGAAGCCAAUGAAUCACCACCACCAGAACCUACCCCUCCGCCCGGCUCUUUCCACGCAGCGCGGCGCGCCUCCAUGAUGCAAGUUCACCGUCCUAUGGAUUCGCAAGGCGACGUCGCCAUGGGCAACGUGCAGCAAUACACGCCUGUCCCCGUGCCGCCAACACCUACUCCUAAUGGUAAUUAUGCGCCUCAGUUCCCAGCUGUACGUCACAGCUCGACGCCUAUCCCUGUACCACAAUAUCCAGGUCAUCAAAUGCAUCAGGCCCCCCCGCCACCCAUGCCGCAAACGCCUCACUACACGGCUCAUCAACCGCCGCCGCCGCCGCCGCAAACGCAAACGCCUGGCUUCAACGGUUUCGCGCCGCCUUACAAUGCUGCUACCCCGGUUCAUCACCAUCACCAACCCCAACCCCAACCCCAUCACCCGCCGCCGAUGAAUUCCCCCAUGAUCCAGUACGACCCCAAUCAGCGACUGGCGCCCUCACCGGCGCGCUCAGCGGUCCCGCCCCCUUCCGUGCCCGGCAUGCACGGCCAGCCAAACACAUAUAACCCUCCGCGUCCUGUUGAGGUCUACACAAUGGAGGAUGCGAUCGACGCCCGCAUCCCACCAGAGAUCCGAGAACAAUUCCAGCGUGACGAGCAAGGCCGGGUCCUAUUCUUCACACAGCCACCUCUCAAACGGGUGCAUUCGGGACUCUCAAACGAGAGCGCUGCUUUAGGCCACAGCCUCCGCUACCUUGCCGAUCGUGAGCGAGGUAUCGAGGAGCGCCGGGCCAAGCGCCGGGCCCGAGAUGAACAACGCAAGGAGGAGGAAAGCAAGCGACAGAGAGAGAACGAGAAGGAGGCGCAGGUACAGAGGGCUAACGCUAUUGACGCUGCCAGCAACACACUGAUCAAUUGGAUGAGCAUUAUGAACAAGGAGAAUGACCUGCUCAAGGCACAGUAUGAUGGAUGGAGCGUAAAGGACGCUGAGAUUGACAAGUUUGCCUCAAAAUAA